GUUUAGUCAAUAGAAGCACCAUGGAAGCUAAAAAAGGAGCCCUUCUUCCCCACCCUCUGCGUCUUAUCCCAAUAUUAUCAUUCACUGCUGUCCUGUGCUUUUUCGAUUUCUCCAUGGCCUUAGAGGGCUCCCCAUUUUGUAGAGAAAAUGAAAGAGUGGCCCUCUUGGAUUUCAAAGCUUCUCAUUCCAACCCAAAUGCUACAUUGAAGGUCCAAAUGGAUUCAUGGAAGGGGUUGAAUUGUUCUGAGUGGGAAGGAGUAGAUUGCCACAGUUCCUCUUCUCAUGUUGUGAGUCUCAGAGUAUAUAGGACACCUUGGAAGAUCAAUGGAUAUACAAACUCUGUAAUGCUGAAUGCCUCUUCCUUAACUAGACUCAGCCAGCUGCAACAUUUGGAACUGAGGUUCUUUGCUGGUGUGUUGCCCGUAAAAGAGCUCUCAAAGCUAAAGAACCUGCCUGAGUUAAUCUUGGUAUCCAAUGAAUUUAGUGGAGGAAUUCCUAAGGAGGUGGGUUUGCUCUCUUCCCUUCAGAAACUUGAUCUAAAUGGGACUCCAUCCAUUGGUGGCCUAACAUUUUUGGUUGAGCUGGAUUUGUCUUACAAUGAUCUCAAUGGAAGAAUUCCAGAGGAACUGGGUUUGUUCUCUUCCCUUCAAAAGCUUUAUGUAGAUGGGAAUCGGCUCCAAGGACGCAUACCAUCAACUCUGG